AUGGAGUUGGACGUGGUGGACGAGAACGAGGUGUAUACCCGUGCAGUCCAAGAGGCUAAAUGGGAUAUCUUAAAGGGCGCAGAUGUAAAAGUAGAUUGGCAACAGAUCCAAAGCAGACAUCCAUUUUUCAACGAUGUUGUUACCGAUGCGGGUCGACAGGCCCGUCAGUUGGCCUCUGUAAUGGCUGCUACAGAGUUUUUUAUUAAACAGAUGUUGUGUUGUUGUGAGAAUAGUUGGGUUUCUCCUAAGGUUGAUGAUGAGAAGAAACUCAAGCAGUGGCAAGGUUCCCUUGCGGUACUAUUAUCGUUGUAUGCAUCAUCAUCCGUUCCAACGCGAGUGCGGUGGGAGGCGACUGUGAGGGAACACAACAGUAGCAGCGAUGCAGGAAUCGAACCGAAUUUAGAUUUCAAUGGUGCCAACAUUAAGGAGGACGAGGAUGAGGAUGACGGUUCAUUCGUAGAGAAUCAACUGAAAGAACUUAUUAGUCAAUGUGUUGCUGCUAGCCGAGUGUGGUGUCGUCAGCUUCAAAAUAGAGGUAAAAGUGAACUUGCAGAGAAGUUGCGCCGUGCUGUAUCUGUCAUGAAUGCCUUUGUGGUGCCAAAGACGCUUGAGUGGUAA